GAAUAUUUUCUUCUAGGAAGAGGACCGUUAGAAAAACCAAUAGGCUUUUGUACUCCCUCCAAUGAGGUGAUAAAUUUCAGGCGCAUUGACUUCCUUUGCUUCCCUCCCUCCUUCCAGUUCCCUCUGCAUCCCUCUCGCACGAACCGCCUGAGCCAACGGCCGAAAUGGCGCGGGCAUUAAUCCAGCUCGUCAUCAGAGUCAGCUUCAUCACCACAGUCCUCUCUCUCACCCAAUCAUCUCCCUCCACAUCACUCCUCCUCCACAUUGGGACCCGUCCUGCCAUGUUAUUACCACUCUUUCACUCUCCUCCGAACACUUCCAUAAGCUCCUCCAAUCCCCAUCGACUCCUCCAGAGAUCCAAUGCUCGCAUGGGACUCUACGACGGUCUCCUCCUCCACGGGUACUGCACGACGUUGUUGUGGAUUGGGACGCCACCUCGGAAAUUUGCUCUUAUUGUUGAUACGGGUAGCACUGUGACGUACGUCCCCUGCUCUACUUGCGUGGUUUGUGGCAGGCACCAGGAUCCGAAGUUCCAGCCGAACUUGUCGAGCACGUACCGACCUGUGAAAUGUAGUUUGGAUUGUAAUUGUGACAGUGAGAGUGGACAAUGUGUGUAUGAGAGGCAAUAUGCUGAGAUGAGUACCAGUAGCGGUGUUCUUGGUGAGGAUCUUAUAUCAUUUGGUAAUUCGAGUGAGCUUGAGCCACAACGUGCUGUUUUUGGUUGCGAGAACGUGGAAACUGGUGACCUUUAUAGUCAACGUGUUGACGGAAUCAUGGGUUUGGGCAGUGGUGAUCUCAGUAUCAUGGACCAACUUGUUGACAAAGGUGUCAUUAAUGACUCUUUCUCGUUAUGCUAUGGCGGGAUGGGUGUUGGCGGGGGUGCUAUGGUUCUAGGCGGUAUUUCUCCACCAACAGACAUGGUGUUUAGCCACUCAAACCCUGUCCGAAGUCCAUACUACAAUAUUGAUUUGAAGGAGAUACAUGUUGCGGGAAAGCCAUUGCCGUUAAACCCAAGUGUCUUUGAUGGAAACCAUGGAACUGUCCUGGAUAGUGGUACAACAUAUGCUUACUUGCCUGAAGCAGCAUUUGUAGCAUUUAAGGAUGCUGUAAGAACAUAUGCUUACUUGCCUGAAGCAGCAUUUGUAGCAUUUAAGGAUGCUAUUAUGAAGGAACUUCGUUCCUUCCAGAAGAUCCGUGGUCCUGAUCCAAAUUAUAACGAUAUAUGCUUUUCUGGUGCUGGAAGUGAUGUCUCUGAAUUAUCGAACACCUUUCCAUCUGCUGACAUGGUAUUUAGCAACGGGCAAAAGCUGUCAUUAUCACCUGAAAAUUACUUGUUUCAUCAUUCAAAGGUACAAGGUGCAUAUUGCCUGGGGAUUUUUCAGAAUGGAAAUGAUCCAACUACUCUUUUAGGAGUUAUGUUAUGAUUCCCCACAAACCAUGCUAUGGCUUUUCUCCUCCAUCUCAUGGUGUCAUUGUCCGCAAUACUCUUGUGAUGUAUGAUCGUGAGCAUUCAAAGAUUGGUUUUUGGAAAACUAAUUGUUCGGAGUUAUGGGAAAAGUUUCACAUAUCUGGUUCCCCUCCACUAAUGUCUUCAGCUCCAAAUAGAUAGAAUUCAACUACAGAAAUCCCACUAGCAUUAUCUUCCGUUGAAGCACCGCAUGUGAUGGCCUUUUUUCUUUUUUUUUUUGAAAACAUAAAAAUGAGUCAUUACAACUAUAUGUCACCCAACCAACUCAUAGCACACGUUCCUUAACAUGUACCUGAUAUAUACGAGUAAUAAAAUCUAUGCAGCGGAUUAUAGAUGUAA